GUCCUAGUGCAGCCAGAGACCCUUUCAUCUCUAAUCCUGCAACCACGCUGGAAACGUGUAGUGGGUUGGUCUGGCCCUAUACCCCGACCUCGACAUGGUCAUCGAGCUGUAUCUGUUAAAGAGCUUAUCGUAGUUUUCGGUGGUGGGAACGAAGGCAUCGUUGAUGAACUACAUGUAUAUAACACGGCAACUAAUCAAUGGUUUAUCCCUGCUGUUCGAGGAGACAUUCCUCCAGGCUGUGCAGCCUAUGGCUUUGUGUGUGAUGGAACUCGCAUUCUGGUCUUUGGUGGGAUGGUGGAGUAUGGAAAGUAUAGCAGUGAUCUGUAUGAAUUGCAGGCAAGCAGGUGGGAAUGGAAGAAGCUCAAAGCGAAAACACCUAAGAAUGGGCCCCCUCCUUGUCCCCGGCUUGGACACAGCUUCUCUCUUGUGGGAAAUAAGUGUUACCUCUUUGGGGGUCUGGCCAAUGACAGUGAAGAUCCCAAAAAUAACAUUCCAAGGUACCUGAAUGAUCUCUACAUCCUGGAGUUACGUCCAGGUUCAGGUGUGGUGGGUUGGGACAUUCCUGUUACCUAUGGGGUCUUGCCCCCACCCCGGGAGUCUCACACAGCCAUAGUUUAUACAGAAAAGGACAAGAAGAAAUCCAAGCUGGUGAUUUAUGGAGGAAUGAGUGGUUGCAGGCUGGGUGAUCUCUGGACCCUAGAUGUUGAGACUCUGAUGUGGAAUAAACCCAACCUCAGUGGAGUGGCUCCUCUUCCUCGAAGUCUUCACUCUGCUACUACCAUAGGAAACAAAAUGUAUGUGUUUGGUGGCUGGGUACCUCUUGUCGUGGAUGAUAUCAAAGUAGCCACACAUGAGAAGGAGUGGAAGUGUACUAAUACACUGGCAUGUCUUAACCUAGAUACUAUGACAUGGGAGACUAUCCUAAUGGAUAUGUUGGAGGACAAUAUUCCCCGUGCGCGGGCUGGUCAUUGUGCUGUUGCCGUUAAUACCCGACUCUACAUAUGGAGUGGAAGGGAUGGCUACCGAAAAGCCUGGAAUAACCAGGUUUGCUGUAAAGACCUCUGGUACUUGGAAACAGAAAAGCCCCCAGCUCCAUCCCGAGUACAUUUGGUUCGAGCAAACACUAAUUCCCUAGAGGUGAGCUGGGGAUCAGUGCCAACAGCUGACAGCUACCUCCUGCAACUUCAGAAAUAUGAUAUUCCUCCUGCAGCAGCUGCCACCUCACCAAUGGCCAAUCCAGUUCCUUCUGUGCCUGUUAAUCCUCCCAAAAGUCCUGCCCCAGCUACCACAGCCGCUACAGUACAGCCUCUUACACAAGUGGGCAUCACACUUCUCCCUCAAAGUUCUGUGUCUCCCCCAACCACCACCCCUAUCCAGGUCUUGCCAACAAUGCCUGGAAGUUCUAUUCCUGUACCCACCAUGACUAGGACUCAAGGUGUCCCCACUGUCCUUAAAGUAACUGGCCCCCAGGCUACAACAGGAAAUGCACUUGUCACUGUCCGGCCCACCAGCCAACCAGGAAAAGCACCUCUCACUGUCACAUCAUUGCCUACUGGUGUACGGAUGGUUGUGCCAACUCCAGGCUCUCAGGGCACGGUGAUAGGUAGCAGUCCUCAGAUGAGUGGAAUGGCAGCUCUGGCAGCUGCGGCAGCUGCCACCCAGAAGAUCCCUCCAUCUAUUCCUACAGUAUUGAGUGUUCCUGCAGGCACUACUGUUGUUAAAACUGUAGCAGUAUCACCUGGAACUACCACUUUACCAGCUACAGUGAAAGUGGCUUCCUCACCAGUCAUGAUGAGCAAUCCAGCUACUCGAAUGCUCAAGACGGCAGCUGCCCAAGUGGGGACAUCUGUCUCAUCGACUAGUGGUACUCCGACUCGUCCCAUCAUCACUGUCCACAAGUCAGGCACAGUAACUGUGGCUCAGCAAGCUCAAGUGGUGACCACUGUUGUGGGAGGAGUCACCAAGACCAUCACAUUAGUGAAGAGUCCAAUUUCUGUUCCAAGUGGCAGUGCUCUGAUUUCUAAUCUUGGCAAAGUUAUGUCAGUAGUUCAAACCAAACCUGUACAGACCUCAGCAGUAACAGGCCAGGCUUCCACUAAUCCUGUGACACAGAUCAUCCAGACUAAGGGACCGUUGCCAGCAGGGACCAUUCUGAAGCUAGUGACUUCAUCAGAUGGCAAACCUCCAACUAUCAUCACAACUACCCAAGCCAGUGGGACAGGAACCAAGCCAACCAUCUUGGGUAUCAGCAGUGUCUCUCCUAGUACUACAAAACCUGGUACCACUACCAUUAUCAAAACUAUUCCCAUGUCAGCCAUCAUCACCCAGUCUGGAGCAACAGGUGUAACCAGCAGCCCUGGAAUAAAGUCUCCCAUAACCAUUAUCACCACAAAAGUUAUGACCUCUGGCACAGGAACACCUGCCAAAAUCAUCACUACUGUCCCUAAAAUUACUACUGGCCCUGGUCAGCAAGGAGUGACUCAGGUUGUAUUGAAGGGAGCCCCAGGACAUCCAGGCACCAUACUCCGCACAGUGCCCAUGAGUGGAGUGCGGCUUGUUACCCCUGUCACAGUGUCAGCAGUUAAGCCAACAGUCACCACAUUGGUAGUGAAGGGCACCACUGGUGUUACAACUUUAGGGACUGUAACAGGCACUGUGUCCACCAGCCUUGCUGGAGCCACUGGGCAUAAUGUCAGUGCUUCCCUGGCUACUCCUAUUACCACAUUGGGCACCAUUGCUACUCUUUCAAGCCAAGUGAUUAAUCCUACAGCCAUUACUGUUUCAUCAGCACAGACCACAAUAACAGCAGCUGGGUCUCUUACCACUCCCACCAUUACUGUGCAGCCUGUCUCUCAGCCCAGUCAGGUGACAUUGAUUACAACACCAAGUGCUGUGGAGACUCAACCAGUACAUGAUCUCCCUGUCUCUAUCCUGGCCUCACCUACUACAGCGCAGCCCACUGCUACAGUUACAAUUGCUGACUCAGGCCAAGGUGACAUGCAGCCUGGUACUGUGACUUUGGUGUGUUCUAACCCCCCAUGUGAAACCCAUGAGACGGGUACCACCAAUACAGCGACCACAAGCAUAGCCAAUCUUGGGGGCUUUUCACAGUCCACACAGGUUCAAUUCAUCUGUGAUGGACAGAAUAUUUCAACAGUUGGACAACAAAAUGACAAUAUGAUGCAGGCUUGCUCCAACCAACCUUGUGAAACCCCUGAGGGAAGCACUGCCAGCACUUCAACAGUGAUAAAUGCCAAAUUAACAAGCACCCUAACCAUGAGCAUGGGACAGAGUUUGUACUUAAAUCCUCCGUAUGAGACCCAUGAAAUAAACACCACCAAUACAGCCACCAUAGCCAUGUGUAGCAUUAGUGGACAAAAUGUCUGUUCCAGUCUCCCAUGUGAGACUCAUGAGACAGGAAUCACCAGUACAGCCACUGCAGCCAUGUCCAGCGUCUGCACCAGUCAAUCAAUGCCUAGUAGACCUCAGCAUGAAAAACACAUACACAUGGGUGAUGCCUUAGCUUCAGCUCAGCCUGGCAUGAGUGGGGAGCUUAAAGGAUCUUGGUCUCCCACCAGGCCUUCCUGCCAAAUUCAUCAGAAUAGCUCAACCAACACUGUCCUAUCUAUGAAACCCUCAGAGUUAACGUCAGCAACUGCCAUUCAGGUUUGCCAAAAGUCUUUAUUCAAAGAGAGCACCACUAGUAUUAGUACCAAGGGGCUUUAUACCCAGAGUACUAAAGCUGAGCAAACAAGCCCAUCUACCAUGGGCAAUAUCGUGUCAGGUUUGAAGUCACUAAGGUCGACAAGUUGGCAUUCUGAAACAGAUCACAUUCACAAAACCACUGCCACCAUGGCACAGCUAAGUAUAUUUACCAGGGAAACCAUUGAGAUACAGACAUCCAGUAAAUAUUUAUGCCCACUACAUCAAAACAGUUUGACCAUAACUACAAAAGCCACAGAAACACAAUCUCCCCUCAUAUGUUCUGAUCCUCUUUGUGAAACCCAUAAUGGUGUUAGCUCAACUACGGACAGUGUCCAACAGGUAUACUACAAUCCACCAUGUGAAAUUCAUAAAACAAAUACUAUAAAUGCAGCCACUACUACAAGCUCCCAUAUGAUCAUUAGCCAUAAUAGUAACAUGCAGCAAACAACUCUCAGUACCACAGAGGAAAUUGUUAGUAAGAACCAAGAGCCUCCUUGUAGUCCCAGCUCUUCCCUCAAAACUUUGGAAACAGUUUCAGAUUUGGUAGUGUUAUCACCAACUUCAAGAGUUAUUUCUGGACAAAAGCUGUGUUCAAAUCCCCCCUGUGAAACCCAUGAAACAGGUACUACGCACACAGCCACUACUGUCACCUCAAAUAUGGGCUCCAAUGAAGUUUCUCCACCAACUACUAGCGGACAAGAAGAUAUAAGGAACACGCAUGGCACUUCAGUGAUUACCACUAGUUCCAGCAGUAUGACAAUACCCAUCUCUACACAGUCACAGGCAGUGACCACUGUAACACAGUCUACAUUGAUCCCCAGUUCUUCAGUUCCAAACAUCUCAUUAAUGAUAGAAAUGCCUCCAGAGGAGACUAACAAAGUUCCAGAUACAGAUGCAACUUUAAGGACUGUGCCUAGCACAGAGGCAACUCUUUCUGCUACACAUAUAUUAGAUGCAGAUGAAAUAAAAUCCAACCAAGAGUCAAGAGAGAAACUGCCACUUCCAUCACCCCUCCUGCAGCCCACUCAGUACCCAGGGCCACCUAUAGAGGAACAGUCUCAAGCUUCUGAGAAUCAGGUGGCUACAGACACAAAUAAAGCUAAGGAAUUCUCACCAGAUCAGGACUCUAACAGUUCAGCUGAGGUUGAUCAGCUUUCUCUGCCUCAUGAGUUGGUGGCUGAGGGACAGAUGAACACCACAACACUGAUGGUUUCUGGACUUUCCCCAGAAGAGCUUGCAGUCACUGCAGCAGCUGAGGCUGCAGCCCAUGCAGCAGCCAAUGAAGAAGCCCAGGCUUUGGCCAUACAAGCUGUGCUACAGGCUGCCCAGCAAGCUGCAAUGGGCACUUCAGAGUCCAUGGAUACAUCAGAAACAACAGUGACAGAGACAGAACUGGGACACUUGCCCACGGAAGCCCAGGAAGGUCAAUCUACUGCCAUUCCCAUUGGAUUGACCCAGCAAGAGCUUGCUGUCCUGGUACAACAGCAGCAUCAACACCAUGUCCCUACUGAGGCCCUAGCUCCUGCUGACAGUCUCAAUGACCCUACCACUGAGAGCAGUGGCUUUAGUGAUGCAGCCAGUUCUGGUACCAGCACAGUCACUCUUAUGUCUUCUGCAGCUAUAGGAAGUCUCACAACAUCCAGUACAUUUGUGACCUCCCCAAAAAUAGCCAGCCCAGCCAAACUGCAGGCUGCAGCUGCCUUGACUGAGGUAGCCAGUGGUAUCGAGUCUGUUUUGAAACCUGACCUACCACCCCCAUCCAUCAAAGCACCCGUGAAAAAGGAAAACCAGUGGUUUGAUGUGGGUAUCAUUAGAGGCACCAACUUGAUGGUGACUCAUUAUUUCCUGCCACCUGAUGAUGUUUCAUUCAUGGAUUAUGAUUCCAGCAUUAUUCCUGACUAUAGUCAGCUAAAAAAGCAAGAGUUGCAGCCAGGUACAGCCUAUAAGUUUCGAGUAGCAGGGAUCAAUGCCUGUGGCCGAGGGCCCUUCAGUGAGAUCUCAGCCUUCAAAACAUGUCUUCCUGGUUUCCCUGGAGCCCCCUGUGCCAUUAAAAUUAGUAAAAACCCAGAUGGUGCCCAUCUUACCUGGGAACCACCUUCAGUGACUUCAGGCAAAAUCGUUGAAUAUUCUGUAUACCUUGCCAUUCAAAGCUCCCAGUUAGCUGAACAGAAGAGCUCAGCCCCAGCUCAGCUAGCUUUCAUGCGUGUCUACUGUGGUCCCAAUCCAUCCUGCUUAGUACAAUCUUCCAGUCUUUGCAAUGCUCACAUUGACUAUACCACCAAACCUGCUAUCAUCUUUCGAAUUGCUGCUCGAAAUGAGAAGGGCUAUGGCCCUGCAACUCAAGUCAGGUGGCUACAAGAAUCUAGUAAACAUGGCUCUAAUGCAAAGCCUGCCAACAAGAGGCCACUGUCCUCCCCUGAAAUGAAAUCAGCACCAAAGAAAUCCAAGGCUGAUGGUCAGUAAAAGAAGGCUGAUUACCUAGUCCCUUCUUAUGCAGGAAGCUCCACCCUCACUUUCGUCCUCAACUCUGCUUCAGAGGCAUCACUGUGUAUUAUGUGAGCUACUGGACACUAUUGCUUUUGUCGUUUUUCUUUGUUGGGGGUUGGUGAAUGAGGUCACGCAAAACAAAUGAUUAAGAAAUCAGAUGAGCUUAAGAUUAAGACAAACUUAUAAACUUACAAGUUACAGCUACACCAUACCUUUCUUCAUACAUAUGAAUUCAGAUCAUUUUAGUCCAAAGGUAAAAGUCAUGGUGAUGGGAAGAAGACAUUCAGUUACCUCAGUCAAUCCUUCUGACCCAUGUAUGCUCAUUUACUCCAUGGGAAACCAUAAUUUUUCUUGUUCUGCAUUCAAAGAGAGAAUACAUAAAUAAUUAUUUUAAAAAAAGAAAAAGCGGGCAGUAUAUUGAGGAUCUUAAUUCCCACAUUAUUUGUUCCUAUAGAUAAUGUUCUAUCCAAUGAAAUAGGUGUGAUUAGUGAAUUUUUUUUGGCAUUAAUACACUCUGUUGAGUCGUAUUUCUGUCUUUUACCACAAGUAUUUUACCACUUAAAUUCUUUUAAUUUAUUUGCCCUUAUUUCUCAUUAGCAACUGUAGAGAAAAUUAGAAGAUCAUUCAAAGCCCUCUUGUUCCAAAUUCACAUGUCCAUUGUUACAUGAAUAUUACCUGGAGAUACCACAGGUUGGGGGUUAGUGCGCAGACUUUCAUCAAUAAAAGUGGAAAGCCUACCCCAUUUAAAACCCUACAUGGUCUUAGAGAAGUGGUAAUGUUAUAAAUUUUAAAAGUUGAAGUUGAUAGAAUGAUGUUAACAUUUUUAUUGUGCUCUUGUUUUGUUUUUACUGUACAAAUUCCACCCCCAAUAUUCAAUCUAUUUGGAAGCCUGUACAGAAAUUUGCCAUUAUUCCUAGUACAAUGGAAAAAAAUAGUUACUCUACUCUCUGUUCUUUUCCACAAGUCUAUCCCACCACUAUUUUUCCUUCAAAAGCCCUACAGAGCUUUAGAGUUUCUUUCAAGUUUGUUUGUAUUAUAAUUAUUUCACUGUGAAAUAUUUUACUGUUUAGUCAUUUGUAUUGUAUGUUUUCCUUUGGUUUCCCUUUCGUUCUUCCUAUUCUUACCCUUUUAUUCUCCAUUUUUGAGGAAAAACAGCAUACUUUACAAUGAAGAAAGUUCCUUGCUAACCCAAUGUUGGUAUUGUGCUAUGUUGUUUUUGUGCUAUUUUGAACAAUUAAAAUGACUUUUUAAAAAAUAA